AUGCUGUCCAAACGCGCGUUGCCUUAUGACAGGCGCGCGCUGCCAGCAGACAAACGCCUGAGGGCGAAUGUCGCUGACCUCUUGUCGCGCAACAUCGUGUCGGGCGCCAGGGGGCUCCAAUUGGCAAACGACAUCCACCGCUCUGAUGUUAUGACUGGCGCGUCUGGGUUAGAUCCCGCUUCACUGGAGCAUUUCAACAGUGCAGUGUCGUCCCUCGGCGACUCCGACACGGCCUGGUGCUGCUGGAAGAAGAAGGUCGGGUGCUCGACGGCCCACGGGAAGGAGGCCCUGCCGCCUGGGGCGCCGGCGUCGAGCUCCGUGGCGCGCUGCGGCGCGUUGCUGUGCACGGCCUCGACCACGCACGUCGUGGACACGGACGGCGACCGCGUGCCAGACAACAAGGACGCUUUCCCGAACGACGCUUCGGAAUGGUCCGACUUGGACGGGGACGGCGUUGGGGACAACAGCGACGCCGACAAGGACGGCGACGGCGUGCCCAACAGCCGGGACCCGUUCCCGGAUGACGCGACGGAGUGGUCGGACAUGGACGGGGACGGCGUCGGAGACAACAAGGACGACGAUAGGGACGGCGACGGGUACGCCAACCGCAGGGACGCCUUCCCCAACAACAAGCACGAGUGGCUGGACACCGACAAGGACGGCGUGGGGGACAACAAUGACACCGACGACGACGGCGACGGCCACGUCGACGGCGCGGACAAGUUCCCGAAGGACAAGGGCGAAUGGGCGGACACGGAUGGCGACGGGGUCGGCGACAACCGGGACGACGACAUCGACGGGGACGGCAUCGCCAACGGGAACGACGCGUUCCGCGGCCAGGGGCGCGGGGUGCAGGCGGGCGGCGUGUCGGGAGCCGUCCGCGAGGCGUGGCCACGCGCGGGCGCCCAGUGGCAGGAGCAGCGGGGCAGGCGGGCGGAGCUCCUGGAGAGCCAGGUGCGCUGCCCGAACGACUAUGCCCUUUUUGCGUCGGGGUCGCCCUUCGGGGUUGGCAACCCCGUGCGUUGCGCGGCACCGAAGUCCCCUGGUAUGCCGCUGACCGCAGGACAGCAUUGGGGUGGGGCGUCCGACGUCGUGUGGGCAGCCGCCUCGUUCAAUCCGCCAAGCUCGCAGACGCUAGCGCCGCGCGGUCUCCCGCGGCUCGGCUCGCCGCCCGCGGCCCGCCGCGCGGCCAGGUUCCCGUACGACAGGUCGGACAUGGACGGCGACGGCAUCGGGGACCACUCGGAUCCAGACAGGGACGGCGACGGUGUGCCGAACGACGAGGACUUGUGGCCAGACGACCCUCUCAAGCACGGCAAAAAGCCACCCGCGCCAAACGUCUCGUCCACGAGGGACUCGGACGGCGACGGUAUCGUCGACAGCGAGGACCCCGAGAGGGACGGGGACGGCGUCCUGAACAGGGAGGACGCGUUCCCAGACGACCCGUUCGAGUGGGCCGACAUCGACGGGGACGGCAUCGGGAACAACCAGGAUGACGACAUGGACGGGGACGGCGUCCCAAACAGGGACGACGCUUUCCCGACGGACCCGACCGAGUGGGGCGACCUGGACGGGGACGGCAUCGGCGACAACGCGGACAACGACCGCGACGGCGACGGGUUCUCCAACAACCAGGACGCCCACCCGGACGACCCCGCCAGGUUCCUGCCCGACGACGACGACACCUUCAAGGUCUUCGGUGGCGCUAAGAGCGGCCCCGCGUCCUCGCCCGAGGAGAUUGGCCCAGACUCAGACGGGGAUGGCGUCCUCGACCGCCUGGACGCCGCGCCCCACGACCCGAACUGCUGGAUGGAGCCGUGCGACUCGGACGGCGACGGCGUCCCCGACGGCGAGGACGUGGCCCCGCACGACCCGAACUGCUCGAAGGCGCCCUGUCCGUUCGAGAAGGACACCGACGGCGACGGCGUGCCGGACAGCGAGGACCCCGCCCCGCACGACCCCGCGUGCUGGCAGCUGCCGUGCCACGAGGGCAGCAAGAGCGACGAGGCCGUGGCCAAGGACAGCGAUGGCGACGGCGUGCCCGACAGCGAGGACCCUGCGCCGCACGACCCGAGCUGCUGGGAGAAGCCUUGCGCCACCGACAGCGACGGCGACGGCGUCAUGGAUGACAAGGACCCUGCGCCGCACGACCCGAGCUGCUGGGAGAAGCCUUGCGCCACCGACAGCGACGGCGACGGCGUCAUGGAUGACAAGGUGUUCGCUUGCUUGCACCCUUCGACCUUCUCUGGCAGAUUCAACACUCCUACGACGAGGCCCCCGGCAGCUUCUCCAUGGCGAGGGUGUGGCACGCCGUCGUGCUGGUCGCCCUGACGGUUCCUGCGCUGUCGCUGUCUGUCGACAAGGCGAGCCCUGAGAAGGUGACGGACCACUACGCCACCGCAGUGAAGGCUUGCGAGGCGUGCGCGGUCUCCUACCUCGCAGGUGUGUGUUAUUCCGGCGCUUGCGACGACGGGAUCGGGUUCUGCUUCCGCACCGCGGCCUCUUCGGGCUACCAGCCGUGCUGGGUAAGCAAGAUGGGGCCUUCUGCUCGCGGGGGCAAGCCCGGCGCAUAGCUGGCGCCAUCCAGGCCCGCGCGGCCCUGACCUUGUCAGCCGACCCCUCCGGAUCCCCACGUGAGGCACGCGCGUGCACGGUUGGCCUCGGCGGAUCAGUGGGCCUCGUCUGUGUGGUGUCGCGCCUGCACCGUCUUCAGAGUUGCGACCGCCAACGAAACGUGGUCGCUCUGCGCUCUGCCUCCUGCUGCUAUUGUUGUUGCUCGAAACCACGUCACUAGCAAACCACAGUUUGCCUACGGUCCACCUUAUCAUGCGGCCGCCCCCCGUCAUGCGCUUGGCCACCGCUCCUUGGGACGCUCCGUUCGUGAUCUCCUAGUUGCUCUGGCCCGGCACGGGGGCGGACAUGUUUUGCACAUCGAUCGAACACCGCGCCUGCGCUCGGGAGCCGAUCGAGGAAUGAGUUUGGCAGCGUCAGCAGAGAGCCCCCGUCUGGCGUGCCCCCACUGCCACCCUCCGAUCAAAGAUGCACGCAUGCUGUGCCCACUCUGGAGCCACGCCGCUCUGACCGCGAAGCCAGCGUCGCCGAGGAGAGGCCCGAUAGUGGGCCUCCAUCUCCCCUGCGCGUCGCGCAAGGUUCUUUUGAUUUCAGAGCUGAAGGCCAGCCGGUGGCAAGGGAAUCGCAAACAAGGGUAGAGCCAUAAGCCCGCCCGCGGAUUCUCCCAGCGCGUGGCCAGCUCCAGUGGCACGGAAGGAGAGUGGAAGGAGACGGGGUUCAGUGGCAUUUUUUGUCUGACGGUUUCAACAACGGUUUCCUGUUCACGAAGCUUGUGGCCUCGAACCUCGAGCCCUUGAAGCAAACAGUGUAGAUCAGGUUGAGUCCCCACG